UUAUUUAAGUCAUUUAAGAUUUAUUUUGUUUUUCAGAAAAUAGAUAAAUUAAUUAAUACAAUGCAUUUUCCUGAUUAUAAUUUUAAUGUUUGUUUCAGUCCUAAGACUAUUUUCAUAAUGGGAGGAGGAGAGGGGUCCACUGCAAGGGAAAUUCUUAGGCACAACACUGUAGAAAAAGUUGUCAUGCAUGAUAUUGAUGAGAUAAAAGACAAGGCUGGGAAAUCAAGUAACUCUGUUGCUAUUUCAUGUUCACAUUGUCGGGCCGGGGCUUAUAUUUGCAGAUGGAGCUGGUGAUGAGGAUGAUGAUGAUGAUGAUCAGGCGGACUCAUUUGUUUUUUUUUACCUUUGAAAAUAAUGAAUGAGUGUGUGCUGUAUAAAUAAUAUUUAUCAUGGUGUGUGCUGUAUAAACAAUAUUUAUUAUGUUAGGAUAUUUUUAUUAAA